GUCGCAAAGAACCAUUGAUUAGAGAUUGGUAUCUUUGUCUGAAACUCAACUCCUCCUCAUUAGCAAUCCUCCAAAUCUCAAUGAGGAAACGAAUAUAGAAGCUGUAGGUUUAGAAUGAUUUGUACCAUAAAUGGAUGAGCCAUAGAACAAAACCAAUUAGCAGAGGGAAAGCAAUUCCAUGAAUCCUUAAUGCUCAAGUAACUGACCACCCCAACUCUCUCAUCAUCGAAUCGAUUCCAAUUCAACCGUUUAAACCCUCCAUCAUCACUUUUGGCGCAAACCAAUCAAACCCAGAUGAACAAAUCAAAGUCUCAUUCAUACAGACAUUGAUGCAAUCAUUGUAUGUGAGAAAUGGUGGGGAAGUGGUUGCUGUUAAUGUCAAUGUUGGUGUUGGGUUGGUCUGUGAGUCUGUCAUCAGCUUCUUUUGGUGAUCGGUAUCGAGCAAGGAAAGCUUUAUUUUCGGCGGAAGGGACGUCGUCUCUGUCGAUCAGCCGUGCACCGUCGUCCGUUGUGUUACCUGUUCAUGGAAACGUGUACCCAAUUGGGUCAUAUAAUGUUACCUUAAACAUUGGUCAGCCUCCAAAGCCCUACUUUCUCGACCCCGACACCGGUAGUGAUCUUACAUGGCUCCAAUGUGAUGCUCCUUGUGUCAGAUGUACUGAGGCGCCUCAUCCAUAUUACAGGCCCAACAAUGACCUAGUGGUCUGUAAGGACCCUCUCUGUGCAUCCUUGCAUGCACCCGGUGCUCACAAAUGUGACAAUCCAGAGCAGUGUGACUAUGAAGUUGAGUAUGCAGAUGGGGGCUCAUCUCUUGGCGUACUUGUAAGGGAUUCCUUUCACGUCAACUUUACAAAUGGAAUCCAGAAAACACCUUAUCUGGCCCUUGGGUGUGGAUAUGAUCAACUUCCUGGAUCAUCCUAUCAUCCUAUAGAUGGAGUUCUUGGCCUUGGCAAGGGAAAAUCUAGCAUCAUGUCACAACUUGCUAGUCAGGGUCUUGUGCGAAAUGUUGUUGGUCAUUGUUUAAGUUCUAGAGGUGGAGGGUUUUUCAUCAUUGGGGAUGACCUCUAUGACUAUUCACGCGCAGUUUGGACACCAAUGUCACCAGAUUACUCCAAACAUUAUUCACCUGGAUAUGCGGAACUGAUAUUUGAUGGAAAGUCUACUGGAUUUAGAAACCUACUCACGGUUUUUGACAGUGGGAGUUCUUAUACUUAUCUCAAUUCUCAGGCUUAUCAUUUUUUAACUUUAUGGUUAAAAAGGGAACUAAAUGGAAAGCCUCUAAAAGAAACUUCAGAUGACAGAACUCUCCCACUCUGUUGGAAGGGUCGAAAGCCAUUUAAGAACUUACGUGAUGUCAAGAAAUACUUCAAGUCCAUAGCACUGAGAUUUGCCAUUGGAAGAAAGGAUGCAGCUCAGUUCGAAUUGUCCCCUGAAGCUUAUCUAAUUAUAUCUUCCAAGGGAAAUGUUUGCCUGGGAAUUCUAAAUGGUUCUGAAGUUGGCUUACAAAAUUCCAAUAUCAUUGGAGACAUUUCAAUGCAACAUAAGAUGAUCAUUUAUGACAAUGACAAGCAGAUGAUUGGAUGGACUCCUGGAAACUGUGACCAACUGCCCAAGUCUAGAAGCUUGAGCUUCUGGUGAUGCUUCAUUAGUUUUCAGACUUGGGCUAUAAUGGUUUGUGCUCACAGACGAUAGUUCAGGAGGAUAAGUAAUCUCAGGUGUAUCUUUUAGGACGGGGGAUAGUGCAUACUUUUACUGGAUAGUCUAUAUACUCUACCAAUGUAUUUUGGUGAAAACACUAUUCUUACCGGAAUUCUAUUCUCAGGUGUGUAUAUCACUAUUCAGGAGAAAGAUGGUUCUAUUUAUACUGUAUAGUCUGUUUUCAUAUGUGUGUACAAUGAAGCUUACUUGGUAUAUCCAACCAGCUUAUGUUAGAGAAACGUUAUGUAGUAUACUGCAAGUUAUAUGUGAGAAAUUUGGUUGUAAUAAUAUUGGUUAUACCCCCAA